CAUUUCAAGCUCAUCACACUUCUUUGUGGCUUUCACUUUAGACCUAUUCAUUGGUUUGAUCUCUUUACUUUCAUAACCAAAUGAUGUCUUUCGUCGCAAACUUGCUAAUCAAGAGUUUGGACCAUGCUUCCGCGGUGUAUGUUGAAGAUUUGGUGGAUAGUUCUCAAGCGGCAUAUGGUGAGAAUGGUGGUGAUGACGACGAUAGUGGCUACGAUUAUGCUCCUGCUGCGUGAUUUAUCUCCUACUAGUAUAUAAAUGUAACUUAGGAGGAAAAAGAGGGAGAGAGAUGACAAUGAAAUUUAGAUAUUUAGCUAGACCAUGCAUGUACUAGAUAGUGUGAACAAACAUGAUUCUCUUAACCACACUCACUGUUUUUGUCUAUUAAUUUUUGAAGUUAAAUUAAUUAAAUAACAUUGUAAGUUUCUUCAACUUUUAUUUUGUA